AUGAUUUCAGCUGCGAGAUAUUUGCGGUGGCAAAAUAUUCCAUGUUUCGCUCACACCCUAAAUCUGGCUGUGCAAAAUGCAAUAGCUGAAAUAAAAGAGCUGCAAACAAAAGUAAAAACAGCAGUGGAAUAUUUUAAACGAAGUCCCCAUGCAUUUUCAAAAUUAAAGGAAGUACAAAAACAAAUGGGUCUUCCAGAGCAGACUGUGAAACAAGACGUUCAAACAAGGUGGAAUUCAACCCUGCCAAUGUUUGACAGUGUAUUGAAGAGCAGGGAUGCUAUUGUUGAAACUUUAGCAAUAAUGAAUCCUGCAAUAGUAAUUACUAAGGAAGACUCUGAAAUGCUCGAAGAAAUGUGCAAAAUUUUAAAGCCCUUUUUACAUAUCACUGAGGAUGUGAGUUCUGAGAAACAAGUAACUAUAUCUAAACUAAUUCUAUUUUCUCAGUGCUUGAGAAAACAUUUUGAGAAAUACGAUACUGCCAACAAACCUAGACAAGUAUUAUCUCUUAUUAGAAAAAUCAAGGACGAACUUGACAGACAUUUCAAAGAUAUUGAAGAUAGAGCUAUGUUGGCCAAAGCUACCUUGCGUGAUCCCAGAUUUAAAAAGCAAGCGUUUCUGUCAACAAAUUCGUACAACAAAGCAAAACAGUCUGUUAUAUAA